AAAUCACGACGGUUUCUCGUCUGCUCUGUAAUCCAUUCACCCCCUGACAAACUCUCUCUCUCUCUAUCUAUCUCUAUUCGCAGUUUCAAGUGGAGCGGAAUCCGAAAGCAACCAUUGAGAUUACGACUUGGUUGGCUGCGAUUAGGUCUUCUCCACCUUCCGAUAAGCUGCCUCCGUUCGUCUUCUCUCUUACUUCCGGGGAGCUGAGCUCUCAAGCUGCAGAGAAAAUGGCGGACUGCGCGAGUUAGGUCCACUUUGAUGUCUGAACUAUGCAUUUCGAGUGUACGGACAGUUGCAGAGCAAUGGCGGGCUGCUUGGAUUGGUUUUGGGCCUAAUCCGAAACUAAACAUUGAGAUUACAACUUAGUUAGCUGCAAUUAGGUUUGAGGAAGGCGUUUUAAAGAGCCUAUGGAAAAGGUGCAUAUUGAGAUACUGCGUGAGCUUUUAUUCAAAACUGGCAUAUGCACUACUAUUCGAGAAAGAAUGCUGAGCUAAUCAUUUGCCUAAUAAAAGGUUCAUUGACAUGCCAUACCAGUCGCUGGGUACCAUGGAAUGCGGAGAAUAAGGAAAAAACACAAGCUAAUUCUUCUCUGAAUGCGAGAUGAAAGGGCUGAUAAAAGCAUGGAUAAAGAUGUUGAGCUGGUUAAAUAUAUGUCCAGUUUGCCAAGUUAUCUUGAGAGGGGAAUAAACACUCAGGAAGGGGCUUUCAAUAUUGGAGUUCUUGACUGGAGGAACCUCGAAAAAUGGCAGCAUAAUCAAAAGAUCAAACUGCAGAGACCUAGGGGGGCUUCUGUAUCUUGCAGUGAUUCUUCUGCAUCAUUCUUGACUGAUGGAUUCCCUAGCCAUUCCACAUAUCAUAGCCAUUCUGCUGUUCAUGAGAAGAUGCAUGGAGUGCAAUCUCAUAGAGCUGCAUCCAAAGAUCUUCAUGGUGUCAAAUCCGUUGAUUGGAAUAGGAAAGAUAAGAUCCAAGGAAUAGAUCAAACUCUUGAAGACCAUGGAGAAAGCCAGGUGGAUUCCAGCAAGAGGAAUUUACUGGAUAACAGAAUCCUUCAGAAGAAUGAUACUUUACAUUCUAGAAGAAGUGCUGGAUUGGCACAUUCUCCUAGGAAAGAGGUAAACUUUCAACAAAGUGGUAAUCAAAGGAGAACCCACAAGGUGCAGGAACCAAAUGAUGGUGCUCUUGAGAAAGAACUGACUGGAAGGCCUGAUAGAGUGGUAACGUGCUUUCCCCGAGAUGUCCACACCGGUCUUUCAGAAGAAUCUGCUAGCUCCACUAAUACGUCUAGUACGAGAUUAGAGGAAACAAGUCAGAUGAGCGGCCUGGAGAAAUCUAGGGAUUCAGGAGUUAGGUCUGACAUUCCACAGUCAUACUUCUUGCCUUGUAAACUUGAUCGCUAUGAUUCAGGACCCUCCACAUGCAGUUCUAGCAAACCCAUAGCAGUGGCUGCUCCAGCUUCCCUGCUCCCAGAGACACCAGCAAGCAAGGAUAGGAGGAAAUGCCAAUUGAGUCCUGGUAAAAGGUCGUUGGAGCCAAUAUUAAGAGCCGACACAAAAAGUUUGUUUCAAAAUAUUGAGCCACUGACACGAAGUUCAGUAUCUGUGGACAGAAUCUCUGGACCGUCAAACUCUCCCAGAUUAUGGUCCUCUAGACUGAAAUGUUGCAGGACUGUUGAUGUCAUUGAUUCACAAUUGGGCAAGAGUGGGACUUUUGUGGAAAAAGCUCUACUGCAAGUGGCUUGUAAGAAUGGCCGUCCUCUCUUCACCUUUGCACUGAACACUGAAAGUGAUAUUCUUGCAGCCACAGUAAAGAAGAAGAGUACCUCAAGGAAGAGUAGCUCUAAGUGGUCCUAUACAGUAUUCAAAGUUCCUGCGGUCAAAAGAGAGAAGGCAAGUAAGAUGAAAGAAGGUGGCAAGGGUGAGACUCCGAAUUGCUAUCCAAUGGUGGUGUCUCACCUGAAUGUCUCUGAAUCAAAUUGUUCCAAAUCCACCAGACAGAGAGAGUUUGUUUUACUCCCCGCGGAACCAAGAAAUGAUGAGCUCGCAGCUAUUGUUGUCCAGAUGGCAUCAAGAGCCAACCAAAAUACUACUGCUCUACAUGGCGGCUAUCGAUGUGAAUCAUUACAAGUUGGAUCCAAAGGGCAUUCACUUAACGUAACACCCUAUUCAGAUGUUGUUGAAAACGUACAGGACCAGCAGCGGCUUUUUGUCAACAAAAACUGUAUGAGUGCAACAGUGAUACUUCCAAGUGGUGUACACAGUCUACCAAGCGAAGGAGGGGAACCUUCAUCACUCAUUGAAAGAUGGAAGUCUGGUGGAUCAUGUGAUUGUGGAGGUUGGGAUGUGGGUUGUAAGCUUAGAAUUCUCGUCAAUCAAAAUCUUCUCUGCAGUGAGUUGAGUUCAUCAAAAGCUUAUUAUACCUCUGGCGGCUCUGUUGAUAAACUGGCUGUCUUUACACCCCAGGUACAUGAACAAGAAGACCAGCCUGUUCUCAGCUUGUUCCAAUCAAAAGAUGGAAUUUAUUCUGUCGAGUUCAAUUCAUCGAUCUCAGAAUUACAAGCAUUCUCCAUCUGUAUAGCUGUAUUAGACUGUAGCAGCCCAAAGUAAUCAGUAUGUGGAGCAAAGGUUAAAAAAAUAAAAUAAAAAAAGAGAUGCGGAAACUCGAUGGAGAGUGCAAACUGAUGAUGCAGUCUCCUGACUGAAGAACUCUCCAAUACCAGCCACUUCCACCACUGAUUACAGGGAAAUAUCUUUGAAGCACCGGCUGCUGUUUUUUGGGUUUCCGGUGCUUAAUUAAAGUUACUUAUGGCCAUGGUCAUUCUAAUUACAAUUUGUAACUGUAUCUAAUAAUCUAAGCGUUCAUAUUUAUUCAUUGCU